AAAAAAGUGCUAUUUCCUAAACAAUUUAGCCUUUCUUAUAUUUCUCAACGCUGCGGCAAAGACAAAAGGUUCGUGCUGAAUUGCGUCGCAUUGAAGCAGCGCACGGCCAACGCCCGUCGGAACGUCUAGGAGCUGUUUUUUCCUACAAAGCCGGGUUCAGACAUUUUAUCGAACAGUAUGGCUUCACGAGGGGCAAACGUGGUGCUAUCGAGGGCUAAUAGGAUGAAGACGAAGUUGCAGUCAGCACUAUCAGCGAGUUCCUUGGAAAUCGAGGACGUUUCGCACCAGCAUGCUGGGCAUGCGGCUGUGAAAGGUAGCGCUGGAGAGACUCAUUUCAAUGUGAAGAUCGUGUCUCCAAAAUUUGAAGGGCAAAGCCUUGUGAAGCGCCAUAGAAUGGUGUAUGAUGCUUUGGCUGAAGAGCUUCAAUCUGGGUUACAUGCAAUUUCAAUAGUGGCAAAGACUCCGCAAGAAACUGGAGCAUAAUGAUGGACCAAAAUGAUGUUCAGAUUCGCCUCACAAUGUGAGUUUUCAAAUGAUUUCUAUAGUUUAGAACUGCAAUGAUUUAGGCAUUUAUGCUCAAGAGAUAAAUGCUGAACUGCAAUGUGUCUACUUGCAAGGAAGACAAUGUAUUGUAGGAUAAAUGCUGCUCAAAGAAAAAAAUACAUUUCACUUAUUAGAUGCUGCGGUACUUCUAUCAAAUAAUUUACUAUUUUCACUUAUUAGAUGCAGUGCUUAUUUUCACUUAUUAGAUGCUUGGUGCUUCUAUCAUAUUUGACUAGAUUUAUUAUUUUAGAGUAGUUCUUAUUGAACUGAA